AUAGUUUCGUGUAUACACUGUCAGAGCGAGAACGAGAAGCAACUUCGUGACGACGGUUACAGCCUCAGAGACGUCUUCGUCGUUGACAUGGACAAGCUCUCGAAACCGCAGAUAGUCUGUCACAUCGAAAACUCGUUGGACUAUUCGCUGUUUGACGUCAAGUGGAUACCAUGCAGCGCAAAAUUUGUAGUGAUGGGCGCACGGCCUAAAGGUACCGGCAUCAUACAGAUAUACGAGAUAUGCACCGGCAAGUUAAAAUUAAUCAAGGACAUCGAGAGGUCCAAUCAGAUGAAAUGCGGCACAUUCAAAGCUUCCAAUCUUGGAAACAGAUACUUAGCUACCGGUGAUUUCAACGGUAAAUUAAAUAUCUACAAUCUGGAGGAUCCCUCAAUUCCAGUUUACAGCGCUAAUGCUCAUAAGCAGAUUAUAAACGCUAUUGAUGGAGUAGCUGGCACUACCGUAGGAUGUGGCGCACCUGAAAUAGUAACAGGAUCCAGAGACGGUAGUGUAAAAGUAUGGGAUCCCAGGCAGAAGGAUCGACCGGUCGCUAUCAUGGAACCCAAAGAAGGCGAAGACCGACGGGACUGCUGGUCAGUCGCGUUCGGCAAUUCCUAUAAUUCCGAGGAGAGGGUGGUAGCAGCAGGAUACGACAAUGGUGACGUGAAAAUGUUUGACUUGAAGACAAUGUCGUUGAGAUGGGAGAGCAAUCUGAAAAACGGAGUCUGCGGUCUCGAGUUCGACAGAAGCGACAUUCUCAUGAACAAGCUGGUCGCCACUACGCUUGAAUCCAAAUUUUACCUGUUCGAUCUAAGAACGCAGCAUCCUGAGAAGGGCUUCGCAUAUCUUGUCAAGAAGGCUCACAAAUCAACGAUAUGGCAGGUCAAGCAUUCGCCACAGAAUCGCGAAUUAUUCAUCACCUGUGGCGGCAGCGGAACAGUCUGCCUUUGGAAAUAUAAUUAUCCAGAGAAAAGGAAAACGGUCGAUGCCGACGGAAUCGAGCAAGGGGUCGUCGGUGACGUCAGCCUGUUGCAAAAUUGCACACUUUCGUCGCAACCCAUUAAUUCGCUGGAUUGGUGCCCAGACAAGCAAGGCCUCGCUGUUUGCUCUUCGUUUGAUCAAUGCUUGCGAAUUCUCAUCGCUACGAAAAUGAACACGUAUUGAUCAAAUAUUACAUAGGACAAAUGUGUAAAUAUCUCGUAUAUUCGUAUAGAAAAAAUGUUCAAUUCGCUUUAA